AUGGCCACCCCCGACCUACGAGUCCUCUGCCGCCGGCUAACAUCCACACCCAUCGACAACCUCCCCCGACUCUGCCCCGUUCUCGUCGGCCAUGUCCUUCGCUGCGGCGGCCCUCUGUCGGCCCCCCAAGACGCCAAGGGCAAGGACAAGUCGUCUGAGGCGCCCGUCCUCGUGCACAAGCUACGCACCCACAUCACAUCCCUCCUAACCGGCAAGAGCCCGGCCGGCCGGUUUGCUGCGGUGUGUCUGAUCAAGGCGGUGGUCGAUGUGGGCGGGUGGGAGAGUUUGCGGGUGUCGGGGCCGUGGAUUCGGGGGUUGAUUGCCUUGUUGCAGAAACCCGACCCGGUCGCGUCGAAAGAGCUGGCUGUUGUGGCCUUGACCAAAAUCUACAUGCUCCUCCAGGGCUAUCCGACUCUGACCCGGGAAAUGGCGACGCCCACGCUCCCCGACUACGUCAAGGCUUGCCUGCAGCUGAUCAAGCCCUCCGGGAAGCCGCUCAAGGUGUCCCAUGCCUUUAUUGAGACCGUCGCCUCCUCACUCUCAAAGCUCGUGGUCCUGUACCCGACCACGCUCCGGCCGCUGGUCUCCCAGAUGAAAGCCGCUCUCCGGUCCUACGUCGCGCCAACCUCCUCCGACGACCAGCUCAUCCCGCAAAGCCUCCGAGACAGCACGCGGCGUCUCUUCGUUCUCAUCGCGUACACGGCUCCGAAGAACGGCAGCAGCGAGGAAUGGGCCAAGGCGAUCCGCGCGACGAUUCUCGACGCUCACGGCACGGUCGACCAGAUCUUCCGGGCCGUCGUGGAGUCCUGGGAAUCGACUGCAGGCUACCGGGGCCAGUCGGUCGGCACGUUGGGAGAUCCUGCAGGUGGUGGUGAUGCUGCUGAGGACUUGCCUCGCUGGGCGGGUGUGCAGGCCGGAGCCGAGAGACUCAUCGGGCUGCUCGAGUUCCUCGCUGAGUACUUCCACAACCCCACCAAGGCGCCAGUAACCGUCCCACUGGGCGAGCUGCUGGAUUUAACGGCCAGAAUCACGCUCGUAACCCCUCCGUCUGGGUCUGAAGACUCAAUCGAAACAAACCCGGCCAUCAGCCGCGACGAAAAGGCCGAGCUCUGGAGCGCACUCUCGGAUAUCCACGUCUCUGUCCUCCAUCUACACCAGGCUCUUCUCCACAGACUCGGCAACAACGCCAUGCCCCUCGCAACCGACAUCCUCGACCAGAUGGUGCGCGUAUCCGCCGCAAGCCACCAUAUCCCAGUCGUCCGCGAGACCGCCUACUCUCUCAUCCACCAACUCCUCCUCCUCUCCGGCCCAACCCUGCCCAAACUCACCGUCGACUCUCUCACCCCGCUGAUCCAGUCCGUCUGCCGUGACAUUCUCCUCCCAACCGGCCACCUCGACCUGCCACAGCCACAGCCCAUCCCCACUUCCACAACCACAACAACCACCACCACUCAAAAACAACAAAAACCCAACCCCAACACCGCCUCAGCCAGCACCAACGCCGACGCCUACCUCACCUCUUCCCCCACCACAACCACGGUUCCCCAAAGCACCCCCUUCCUCCUCAAAAAAGCCACAACCCUCCUCCCAAUCCUCUUCACCCACCUCCCCCAACCUCCCCUUCCCCCCGACCUCCGCGCGCUACUAGACCGCACCGCCAUCCUCUCACACGCGUGUGACGCCAUGCUCGCUAGCUGUCUGCACCCGUACCGUGACAGUCGUGGGCGGUAUUACCCGAGUAUUCUGCCGUUUCUUGUGGGAAGGUUUCCGAGGGAGUUGGGGGUGGAGGUUUUGAGGAGUAAUUUGAUACGGGUGGGGGGUGCGAUUCAGGGGGGAGGUGGGAUUCCGAGUGGGGGAAUAGGGGGGGUGGAGGGGAUGGAUGUUGAUGGUGGUGGAGAGGAAAGAUGGGGUGGGAAGGGGUUGGAGGUGUUGCUUGGUGAGAGGGGGGGUGGUGUUGAGACACAAAAGGAUGGCGAGGAGACGGGAGAAACGAAAGAGGAGGAGAAAGCAACGACAACUGCGGGAUGGGGGGCGGACACGAUGGAGAUUGAUACCAGCCCAUCUACAGAGACUAACCCCUUUGCUGUCACUGCCACUGCAGUUGGAACAACAACCACCACAGGUUCAGCCACAACACACCCUGGGGCUACCGUCCCCGUCCGCCCCGCCUCCCCCCUCAAGCGCAAAAGCGAGGUCUUUCACGAAGCCACAGAGGGUGUUGUUGUCCAGCCGUCGAAGAGGGUUGAUACGAAGGGUGCUGCUGUUGCUACAACUGUGAGUGGGAAUAGUGGCGGUGACGGGAAUGGCGGUGGGAAUGAGAGUGAGAGUGACAGUGAUAGUGAUAGUGAUAGUGAGGGGAGCGUGCAGAUUGAUAUGACGCUGGAUGAUGAUGAGGAGGAGGAGGAGGAGGAGGAGGAUGAGGAGUGA